AUGAACUCUAUCGAAGCGGAAAGUACUUUUGCGUACCACGGCUUGGAGACAAACGGCACCGCACAUGCUGAGGUCGUGAAGUCACUGAUCAGAAAAUUCCUCGAUACUGUGAAAUUUGAUCGCAGUCUUCCCUUCAUCAAAGACUGCGAGCUCGAGUCUGCCGUGUGGACAUAUUUCAAGAGCUUGACCAUGGGCGCAAAGACCGAGGAAUGUGUUCAGAAGGCGCUCAAAUUGUCCGUUACUCUAACGCACCAGGCAUACACCAAUCUACCAUUUGAGAACAAGGUUCUUUGUGCCGUGCAAAUACUCUAUAUGUUUUUGGUGGACGAUAUCGCCGAGUACUUCAUGGAAGACCUGCGAUGUUUUUGUCAAAACUUUCUUCUCAACAAUGGCCACAAGCACCCCUUGCUCGCCAACUUCGACACGCACCUACGCUAUCUAUCCCGUUACUACGGGCCCUACUGCCAUUCUACCAUCAUCAAGUCACUGUUUGACUACGUCAACGGUCGUAUCAUCGAGCAUGAGAUGGAGCAAUCGGAAUUUAACUUCCCUUCCACUGCACGCUUAAUGCCUAUGUUUCUACGCACCAAAGUGGGCGCUGCUGAGAUUCUAGUGUCUAUGAUGUGGCCUAAAGCCAUAUUCCCGGAAGAGACCUACCUCAUGCAGUAUUUUCCAGCUAUACAGGAGCUUGUCGUCUUCAUUGAUUUUACAAACGACAUUUUGUCCUACUACAAGGAAUUCGUUAUCAGACAGGAAAAGGGCAACUUCGUGGCCAACUUUGCUGAAACACAUGAUAUGUCUCAUUUGGAUGUUUUAAGACAUCUGGUUGGCUAUGCUCCUAAGGCUAUGGACUCUGCAUGUCGAACUUUGGAAAAAGACAGUGACCUACUGGAGACUGUGCGAACAUUUGUCAAUGGGUGGAUUAUGCUGUGCACUGCCCAUCGCAGGUACCAUCUCGUAGAGCUGUUCGAAGGGGAGGAUUAUCUGCCGGCAUAUGAUGAGGACUCAUGA